CCCGUUAAAGGGGCCGAGCCCCCGCUGUCCCCCCUCCCCACGCCGCGGGGGACGCUGCGGGGGGGCUCCCACGCGUGAGCGGGUGUGCAAGACACUCGGGUGUGCAAGGACGGCCAUGCAGCAGGUCCUGGACAACCUGAUGGGGCUCCCGGGAUCCCCGGGGGUGGCCGACCUUGACCUCAUCUUCCUGCGGGGCAUCAUGGAGAGCCCCAUCGUCCGCUCCCUGGCCAAGGCGCACGAGCGGCUGGAGGAGCGGAAGCUGGAGGCGGUUCGCGGGGACAACCUGGCGCUGGUGCAGGAGAUCCUGCGGGACAUCGGGCGGCUGGCGCGGCCCGACGGGCAGGGGGCGGCUGCCGAGCUGGCCCGGAUCCUGCGGGAACCGCACUUCCAGUCGCUGCUGGAGACCCACGACUCGGUGGCUGCUAAGAGCUAUGACCCCCCCCCAAGCAGCCCUGGCCCAGAGCCCCCCCUGGGGUCCCAGCCCGUGCCCCCCGACGCCGUGCGCAUGGUGGGCAUCCGCAAGGCAGCCGGGGAGAACCUGGGGGUGACGUUCCGGGUGGAGCGGGGGGAGCUGGUGAUCGCCCGCAUCCUGCACGGGGGGAUGGUGGCGCAGCAGGGGCUGCUGCACGUGGGGGACGUGAUCCGUGAGGUGAACGGGCGUGAGGUGGGCAGCGACCCGCGGGCACUGCAGGACAGCCUGCGCCACGCCAGCGGCAGUGUCGUCCUCAAGAUCCUGCCCAGCUACCAGGAGCCUCACCCGCCCCGCCAGGUGUUUGUCAAGUGCCACUUCGACUACGACCCGGCCACCGACAGCCUCAUCCCCUGCAAGGAGGCUGGGCUCAAGUUCAUGGCCGGGGAUCUGCUGCAGAUCGUCAACCAGGAUGACCCCAACUGGUGGCAGGCGUGCCAUGUGGAGGGGGGCAGUGCAGGCCUGGUGCCCAGCCAGCUGCUGGAGGAGAAGCGCAAGGCUUUUGUCAAGCGGGAUGGGGAGGUGGCCCCCACGUCGGGGGCCCUGUGUGGCAGUCUCAGCGGGAGAAGGAAGAAGAGGAUGAUGUACCUGACAACAAAGAACGCCGAGUUUGACCGGCAUGAGCUGCUGAUCUACGAGGAGGUGGCGCGGAUGCCGCCGUUCCGCCGGAAAACGCUGGUGCUGAUCGGGGCGCAGGGCGUGGGGCGGCGCAGCCUCAAGAACAAGCUCAUCAUGUCGGACCAGGCGCGUUACGGCACCACCAUCCCCUACACAUCUCGGAAGCCGAAGGAGAGCGAGCGAGAUGGGCAGGGAUAUCGCUUCGUGUCCCGGGGGGAGAUGGAGGCCGACAUCAAGGCUGGGAGGUACCUGGAGCACGGCGAGUACGAGGGAAACCUGUACGGAACCAGGAUCGACUCCAUCCGAGCCGUGGUGGAGGCUGGCAAGAUGUGCAUCCUGGAUGUCAACCCCCAGGCAGUGAAGGUGCUGAGAACAGCUGAGUUUGUGCCAUAUGUGGUGUUCAUCGAAGCCCCCUGCCCUGAGACCCUGCGGGCCAUGAACCGAGCGGCCCUGGAGAGUGGUGUGGCCACCAAACAGCUCACGGAGGCAGAUGCCCAGCGGACGGUGGAGGAGAGCAGCCGGAUCCAACGCGGGUACGGGCACUACUUUGACCUGAGCCUCAUCAACGACGACCUGGAGCGAACCUUCGGGAGGCUCCGGGAGGCCAUGGACCACCUGCGUGUCCAGCCCCAGUGGGUGCCUGUCACCUGGGUCUACUAGUGACCACCCCACCCCGCGGGGGAGGCCAUAAAACCCUCCCCUCAACCCCCCCAGCCCACCCAGGAGGGCUGUGGGGGGUGGAGGGGGGUUGUGCCUCACCCACUGGUGUGAUGAGCUUGUGCUCAGCACCGUGGGGGGGUGUGUGUGUGGCUCUCUGUAGAGCCCCCCAACCCAAGCCUGACCCUUCUCUCACCCCUACUCAGCCCCAGAUUUGGGGGGGGGAGGCAGAAUCAGCCACUGGGGGCCACAUGGGGGGGCACAGCCACCCCCCACCAUGCCCAGCACCCACACAGCUAAUUCACUGCCAAAACCUCACCCCCUCCCCAAAUUACCCCAGGGGGUUGUGCCACUUCUCAGAUGGGGGACAUGGGGAGGACAGGGGUCCCUCCCAUUCUUCAGAGCCCCCUGCCUCAGUUUCCCCAUGAGGAAGCCCACCCUGUCCCAGAUUGGGACCCCCAGGAUUGGGGUUGGGGGAGCUGUGGGGUUUUGGGUGGGAGGGUCACACCCAGCUGGAGCCUUAGAAGCUGCUGUGGCCCCAAGUGUCCUGGCCCACCCCUCCACCCCCCCAGGCCACAACCCCCCCGCGGGACCCCCUUUUCCCUUUACCGGGGUGGGAGGUCCCUCUCUGUCCUUUGUGGCCCUCCUCCCCCUCCCCAGGUAGCAAUAACCCCUCCCUCCCCCCUCCCCGCUCGGGUUCCUCCCUGUAAUAACUCUUAAUUAACCCUGUAAUUAACCCCAUGGGGGGCUGUGGCUCGGGGCUCACUGAGGGUGUCUGGGCUGGGGAUGGUGACACAUGGGGUGACCCCAAGGGACAGGGACACGGGUAGUGCAGGGUGUGUCCCCAUGUCCCUCCUGCCCCAUGUCCCACACCUCGCCCCCCUGGCCCCUCCCUGGCCCCCCCUUGCUCCUUUUUGGUACUUUGCUGUGGAUUUUAUUAAAGGAGAGAAAAAUGG